AUGCCACUCUCGCGGAUAGGGGGAAGGGCAGCAGAAGAAAGCCAUACUUCGUGGCAUCUCUGCCCUACUGGAUGCGUCGCUGCUCGGCUCUCUGUUGCUGCUUGUAGAUUCGACAUUCUGAGGACUAGCCGCGGUCCAUUCGUGUGCGACGUGAAUGGCUUCUCCUUCGUCAAGUCGAACAUCAAGUACUACGAUGACUGCAGCAGCAUCAUUCGUCUGUAUUUCCUCAAGAAGCUUGCGGACCGCUGCGCGCGGAACGCUCUCCACGCAGCAACCUCCGGAGCGGCUGCUGCCUUGCGGCAAAGACAGCAGAACCUCGAGCAGUACCUCGCGCAGCAGCAGCGGCGCUGCCCUCACGGCUCCUCAGCCCUUCCCGAGCUCUUUUGGAUACCUCCUGGCCAUGCGACGGAGGCUUUGCCGCCUUCUCUGGGGGGAGAUGCCAGCGGCGAAAGCGCUGCCUCGCGUAUUCCCAGGUGUCUCUGCAUGGCAUUGGAAAGCGAGGAGGAAGGCGACGGCACUGAGGAGGAGCUGAGAACCGUCGUGGUGGUCAUGCGGCAUGGCGAUAGACGCCCUAAGCAGAAGCUGAAAUUCCUUUCCACGCAGCCUCUCCUCCUGCAGUACUUCAGCAAGCAAGCCAGCAAAAAGGAGCUGAAGCUGAAGAGCCCUGAAGAGCUUCGUGAUCUCCUGGACAGAAACACGGAUAUCAUAACUGCACUGGGGCGGCAAGUAGCAGUGGCCACGCAGGAGCAGCAAACGGAGAAAAAGCCGCCUUUCCCGUUCGAAGGCGGCGAUGCCUCUAGUGCGCAGCAGCGUGAGAGCAGCGUCGGUGCGGUCGAACGGCAGGGGAACUUGGAAGCUCUCAAGGCAGAGCUGAGACUGCAUAAGCAGCUGCAGAAGGUGCUCUUGCAAGGGGACGGAUUUGCGGGGAUCAAUCGCAAGAUUCAGCUGAAGCCGAAGCGGUGGGGUCGAGGGCACCAGCCAGACACGCAAUCGUCGGUGCCUUGUUCGACGGCACCCUUGAAAGACGCUGCCUUUUCCGCCCAGCAGCAGCAGGAGGAGACGGUGAUGGUCGGUGGGGGGUCGAUGCCUCAGGUGUCUGAUCAGCUCCAGCAGAUCGAAUUCGGCAGACAAGGAUCGGCGAUGGUGUUGAGUGCAGCCUCGGGAUCCACCCCGAGUGUUCUUCGCACGUGCAGUGUGCCUCUGCUGACCUCCCCGCCUCUCUGCAUGCUCUCUUCCCCCGCUGCUGCUGCCUCCUCCUUCCCACUCGUUGCCGUCGAGGCAGCAGCUCCCCAUGGCAUUGUCGGUGGAUCUCUGUCUGCAGACAUGCCCGCAGGAGUUGCUGCAGGAGCUGCUGCCGCUGCGGCGGCAGCGGCAGCUGCCGAGAGUUGGCAACAAAAAGCUCACGAAUUCGUAGGCGCUGCUUGCAACGCUUCCCCGCCUCGCACGGUCUCUCCAACAAAGCAGACAACAAGUCCAGCCGGCACUCACACCAGCAGCAGUGCGAACUGGGGAAGUGGCAAUCCACCUGCACCAAACAACGCUUGCUUGGAGAGCUGCGUGGUUGUUGCAAAGUGGGGAGGCGAACUCACUGCCAUCGGGAGAAAACAGGCGGAAGACUUGGGGCAGCGGUUCCGCUAUCAACUUUACCCUGGAGACAGUGCAGGUCUUCUGCGGCUGCACAGCACCUUCCGUCACGACUUUAAAAUAUAUACAAGUGACGAAGGGAGAUGCCAGAUUACUUCUGCAGCCUUCACCAAAGGCUUCUUGGAUCUUGAAGGCGAGCUGACUCCCAUCCUUGUAGCCCUCGUCAUACACAACCGCAAGGCAUACGACCUUCUCGACGAAGGUUCUCAGUGCGCGAGCGAAAAGAGGAUGCUGAAGCAGUGUCUAGACUUUUUGUUGAACCUGAAUGAUGAGCAGCUCGGUUCCCUGAAGCAGCGCGUGCUGCAGCUCAUACAGCGGCAGAAGAGUUUGCUUGCAUCACCUCCAGCAGCAACGGCCCCUGCUGCAGAUGGCGUGGGAGGACAGUCGGAAAAAGCGGAAAAAGCGUCGAAGACGGAGCUAACAUCUCUUGCAGCGUCUCAUCUGCGAGCGGCGGACGAAUAUAUCCCAUGUUUUGCGGAGCGUCUCCUCCAGAACUGCUCAGAAUCGGAACUGGAUCUCAUUCCCAAGCAGUUAGAGGCCUUAGAGCGCCUUCAGUCUCCUCAAGAUCGGCAAAAGGAGAUCCUCUCUCUGCUGAAGGUCUUUCUGGAGUUGUUGGAUCCCCUUAUAGAAGAGGCCAAUAGCGGAGAUGCAGAUGGCAUGCAAACGCCCCUCUCUGUACAGCCUUCCCAAAAGCAGGUUGCCGCUUCAAAGCUCGCUGGCAUGAAAAGCAGAUGGGAAAAAAUUGCGGCAGACUGGCAUAAGGGCGGGAUGUUCGACAGCAGCAAAAUAUCCGACAUCCUCGACAUGGUUCGCUACGAGCUGAUACACCACUGUUACCUCCUUUCGCGGGACGCCGUACAGACAGCUAUUAAUAUCCACAACCGCAUAAAGGAGCUGCAGGAGGCCGUGGCUGCCUUCGCGUUUGCACACAGCAGCGAGGAAAAGAUGCGCCUUGCCGUACCAGUAGUUAGCCGUCUCAUACGCAAAGUUCUCAGAGACGUGACCUUUUUCAGGAGCGACGACACCCAACAGAAGCCGCAGACGGCUACCGCGAAUUCAUCGUGCUCGUCGUGUAAUUUCUCAGAUUGGGGAACUUCACUUGGCGCAGCAGCUGCCGCAGCUGCUGCUGCGACUUCCGAGGAGGCUGGGUGCACGAGCGAGGCAGCAGCAGCAACGGCUGCAGCUCGAAGUGACGAUUACGCCUCAGAAUCUCAAUCUCCGGCUGUUGGGGAGAGUGGCGCAGUGUCAGAUGGUGUUGCUUCCGUGCGGGGAUCUCGUAGACGCGCAACAAUCCUAGGCAGUCCUCGAACUACCAGCAUUGGUGCGAAGGGCACAUGUAGCAGCCCGCAAGGUGGAGUCUGUCCUAGCGCUUUUAAAUCCGACGCCUUACCCCUCCGUUCUUCAGGUAUGGGUGCAUCUUUGUUGUUGUGA